GAUUCCUAAACCGGAAAUUAGUCAGAAUCAACAUGACACAUCGUGCUGGUUUGGUAAACUGGGGAACAGAAGCAGAAGAAGAAGAGAAACAAGAACCAAACGAACCUAAAAGCGAUGGCGAGGAAGGUAGUGAAGAUGAUCUGUUCGAGAUAGACCUGGAGGCAGUAAAUGAGUCUCCACCGUACGAUUGGAAGAGAUUUCCGGCAAGGACAGGCAGUGUUUUACUGGCCAACUGUCUGUUACCAGCUGCAGACAUCUCUAGUGCAGUGCCGGCAACGUAAGGUUGGAGUGAUUUGGAUAUAAUGGAGUAA